AUGACUGGUCGCGGUAAAGGAGGCAAAGGCUUGGGAAAAGGAGGCGCCAAGCGUCAUCGCAAAGUGCUGCGGGAUAACAUCCAGGGUAUCACUAAGCCAGCAAUCCGCCGUUUGGCUCGUCGCGGCGGUGUGAAGCGCAUCUCGGGACUCAUUUACGAGGAAACACGUGGCGUUCUGAAGGUGUUCUUGGAGAACGUUAUCCGCGAUGCCGUCACCUACACCGAACACGCCAAGAGGAAGACUGUCACAGCCAUGGAUGUUGUGUACGCCCUGAAGAGGCAAGGCCGCACCCUGUACGGCUUCGGCGGUUAA